AAUUAUUGAGUCAGUACGCAUCCAGCAGAGAGCAAACCAAGAGGUCAGAUUUGAUACGCCUGUGAGUUCUUGCCGCUAGUGGCAAAAAGAAUUAUUUAGGAGACAAGAUGAUGCGUGUUUACAUCGCUCUUUUAGCUGUCAGCUACACCUUCGCAGCCUCCAGCGCUACUGUUACCAACAUGGAAGACGUUUUACUGCAGAUUUUUCCAGACGUCAAAACUAAUUUGGCUUUGAGACCACCAGAUUUAAAUUCUACGCAGGUGGCGGUUAAUAUGCACAUUCUGGACAUUUACAAAAUUGAUGACGAGGACCAGGAAUUUGGAGUGAGCAUGUACAUCCGUCAACGCUGGACCGACCCAAGAGUAAAGUUCUCCGCCACGAACCCUGACAUCACUCAUGUCGUUCUGAACGAUCGAGAUAAGCUCUGGGUGCCCGACACAUUCUUCGUCAACGAGCGCAGGACGAAAUUUAGCGAAGCCCUCACUGAAAACUCGUUCAUCAAAAUUUUCAACGACGGCCGUGUCAUUUACAGCACGAGAGUGCACACCACUCUUUCCUGCCCGCUCAACCACGCUAAAUUCCCCUUCGACGUACAAUCCUGCAGCUUCACCCUUGAAAGCUAUGGACACAAGAGGAAAGAACUUGAAUACGUCUGGUAUGAAGAUAAAGACUUCCCAGUUACAGUCGGCAAGAAGCUGACAACCAAGCCAUUCCAGCUUAGGGGCUACGGAAUUGACGCAUGCUGCAAACCAAACGCACUCUGCGAAUACAGCUGUCUAACGGUUGACUUUCUGCUAAGCCGCCGCGGAUUUGGCCGUUAUCUGUUGCAAGCGUAUUUGCCAAUUACAUUUGCGGUCGCUCUCGCUUACCUUUGUCUCUGGCUGCGCACGGAUUGGACCAUCAAGGUGUUCCUCUCGGCAGUAAGCAUCUUGUGUACCGCCAUUCUGGCUGCAUUCGCUUCCUCUCUCGGACCAGAGACCAACGACUGCACUGCCCUUGACGCGUGGGGUUUCUGGAGUGUGGUGCUUUCAACGCUGCCAAUGAUUGUGUUGAUUAUUUCCAGGCUUCUGACACCAAAGGUUGAAGAGGCCAAGGACGAAAAACUUGAAAAGGGAGAGAUCAAAGAAAGCCUGCUUGGAUCCCGCGUUGAGAAAAUCGCUAUCUACAUGUUUCCUCUAAUUUUCGCACUGUAUAAUUUCGUGUAUUGGGCAAACUAUGCAAACAGAAUGAGUCCAGAAAAUGCAAUUGCAGAUGAACGGAAGGUAAUUGUGUUAGAUCCUUAAAAAGGUGUUCCCUGUUUUGGAGAUAUGCAAUUAUAAUUUUAAUAAAUUUGCUUGGAUUAUAGCAUUUUUUGAGCAUAAUUGCAUUGCUUGACUGUAUUACAGACAAAAUAAACUAAUCUUCUGCCACUUUGAUGACAGUCUCUCCCAAGGGCUCCCUCCUUGUCAAGCACUCUUUUUCUGGCAGGGUCAAGUAGUUGACACCCUAAUAAAUUAGAAAAUAUUAAACA